AUGGGACUCUCUACAUUCCCCGGCCCCGCUCCGUCCUUCCCCGCUUCGCAUCCGCGUCGUAUCGCACCGCAACGUCGCGCGUCGCCUCGGAUAAUGACCAAUUUUAAGCAAAUGUCUAGGCAACGAAAGAAAAUUUUGGAAGAAAUACAUCCAUUGAAUAUUAUUAAGGAAGUUCAAAAAUGGCCUGUUUUGUACGAUAGGGAUAAUCUGGAGAGAUCCAAUCACAACUUUAGGCAGAAAGUGUGGUGUGAGGUUGCAAAAAGUUUAUUCCCCGAUUGGCCACAGAUGAGUAAUACACAAAAAGACAUGAAAGUGACAGAGUUGGCAAAAAAAUGGCGCAAUUUGAGGGACACCUUCCGACGAGAUAUGGAAGCGCAGAAGAAGGCGCAAGGGGUCGAGGGGCCUGCGCGUCGGCGAUAUGCCUACUUCAAGCACAUGCUUUUUCUGCUUCCUCAUGUUAGUGUUGUACAAGAGAAGAAGAAACCCACUAAAGCAAUAGACGAAGACAAGCACUUUCUGAUGUCGCUGAUUCCGUCUUUUAGAAAAAUGACUGAUAACGAGAAACUGACUGCCAGAGUUGAGAUACUCAAGGUGAUACAACAGGUGAGAAGUUCGAAUAGAAGAAUUGAGUUUACAAGCGUAGACAUGUGUUCUGAGGAAUAUGCUGGCAUGGUGGAAGGUGCUGAAGGAGCAGGAAGUAGCGCCGAUGUGAAGAUGGAGCUUGUGUCCGAAGGAGACGAAUUUGACUCGUCUGAUCAGUCAAGAGACAGUGGCGAUGAGACCUAG